AUAUUUUCUUGUGCACGAUUCCUGCUCUCUGGGUGGCCAAUGACUCUUGCCCCCUCCGCGGCACCCCUGCGCUGAGACGCCUUCCUUGAACGAGAGACGUUGGUGCUAUCUGAACGCAGCUUCAACAGUUUGUUGGAAGAGAUCGACUGAAAAUUGACACACGGUAGUCGCCGUACCUGAAUCAAGAUCGCUGCAUACAAAUAUCCUCUGCGGGAGGAUUCGGCUAAUAGUGGGCGAACUUUCCAUUGGCACACGCGCUCCUGGCGCGGUUCCCCCGGCGACACCACUCGCGUCUGACGCACACCUGCAUUUGUGUUUCUUUGGGUUCGCAGUUGCCAUACUAAACUCCCUUGCUUUUACGAACGAGCACCCACCACGUUCCUCUCGCAUCUGUUGACGUGCAACCUAAUUCUCAAGACAUGGUACAGCCGCUUCCUAAAGACGAUCGAAUUACCGACUGGCUCGACAAUAUCGAAAUUGGCUCCGAUAGCAUCGACCCCGCGCAGUCCUGUCCUCCCCCAGCAACCCCGACCUCGCCUUCUGCGCAUCUCAAGCGUAAAUUGGCAGCUAUGGGAGACAAAACGCCUACGGCUAAGCGAACACGAGUCGAGAUCCCCCUACUCACACCCACCCAGAGUCUUCAGCGCACCGCUAGCGAAGAUACGCUCAGUUCUACCACUGUAUCUCGAAGUCGCAGUUUAAGCCCCCCCAAAGGGAAGCAUGAGCUCCUUUUCAUGAAUCCUAGCAUCUCUUUCCAACAAGAGGAGGAUCUGGUGCCUCGGCAAGCAGAGUUCGAAAAGACAAUACCGUGUUUCAGAUCUCUUAUGCAGGCAGUCCAUAGUGCACGCAGCCGUCUCCCAAAAUCACUCGAGGGUUUUCUACGUUCUCGUCUCAGACCGUAUCAGCCUGCCCUCUUUGCCCCGUUCUCUGAUGACGAGGAUCUCGAUGUCUUCGAUGAUCUCGCCCAGGUUAUCGAAGAGUGGGAUGGGAACAUUAAGCAUUGCAAGGAGGAGAACGUGACUGAGGACGAGUGGUGUGAUAAGCUAGUCUAUAAGAUGCUGGAAUCAGCGGCAGGCAGAUUAGACAUUUCUGCGCGGGUGGAGGUCGCGAACGUCAAAGCUAUCGACAUCUCGCCUCCGGCACUACUUCCGACAGAUGAGGGCAGUCGGGGCCAGAAAAAAAGAGUCGACUACACGAUAUGUUAUAAACUCCCUGACAAACGUAAAGUCGUCAAGACACUCAGCAAAUACAACACUCGCUCCUUCACUCAAUCAAACCAUGAUAGACUUUGGAACCGCGUUUUGUUCUCUCACGUCGAGGUGAAACGGCAAAAUAGCCCAAGGGAUGGAGAAUCACAGUUGGCCGUCUGGACUGCGGCUGGGUUCAAGAAGCUUCAAGAAAUACGUGAUUGGCAUCUGCAGACCAACUGGACGCGCCCGGCCGCCCAACCAUUGUGGCUGUGGGAAGAUGACCAGCUCAAGCUCUACAUUGCGUUGAUGGAAGCGUCUGAGGAAAUGGUCAUAUACGCGCUCGCAGACUGGCAGCUGAAGCAAGAUGCCCAGCUGGUAAGUGCACUGAUUUGCAUCACUAAGGUCAUGCAGUGGGCGAUGAGGGAGUAUCUUCCCUGGUACAAAUCUAUGGUCGGCUAUGUUGACGAUGCUGAGGAUGCUGUGGGGGGAGACACGCCUGCGGACACGAGCGGUGAGGUGGACAUCAGCGGCGGCCAAGGAUAAUGUGAUUGUGAAGCACUGAACUUGCUAAGCGGUUGCUGGAUGAAUGUUGACGCUUUUUGCAUCUGCCCAUCGGCCACACACGGUGCACUCCAUACUUUUGACCCAGAUAUGAUAGAGCUAGCUUAGCCUAAGCUCAACGAAACCCACUAUCAUAUCUUCGGCCAUCAAUGUUGAACAUUUGAAUAUUUCUGUGAUACCUUGUCAGUUAUUUUUCGCCAUAGUAACUCUCUUCGCAACUCA